AUGCAUUUGCUUGCUCUGGCCACCGGCCUUGUCGGAAUUGCCAAUGCGGCUUGUCCUUAUAUGACGGGUGAAGCUGGCGAAUAUAAUCCACAUGAGCUUCGCCGUCGGGCAGACAACAGUGCUGCUGGCGAUACCGAGGAAUUCUUGUCGCAAUAUUAUCUCGAUGAUAAGGAUUCCUUCCUGACUUCGGAUGUUGGCGGUCCAAUUGAGGAUCAGAAUAGUCUCAGUGCAGGAGAGCGUGGCCCGACUCUGUUGGAGGACUUCAUUUUCCGCCAGAAGAUCCAACACUUUGACCAUGAGCGUGUCCCUGAACGUGCUGUUCACGCCCGCGGUGCUGGCGCCCAUGGAGUUUUCACCUCGUAUGCCGAUUGGUCGAACAUCACAGCCGCAUCUUUCCUCUCGAAAAAAGAUAAAGAAACGCCCAUGUUUGUGCGCUUUUCGACCGUUGCUGGUAGUCGAGGCAGUGCCGAUACAGCGCGCGAUGUGCACGGAUUCGCGACACGCUUCUACACCGAUGAGGGCAACUUUGACAUCGUCGGAAACAACAUUCCAGUCUUCUUCAUCCAGGACGCAAUCCAAUUCCCUGACUUGAUCCACGCCGUCAAGCCGAGCGGUGAUAACGAGAUCCCCCAAGCUGCAACAGCCCACGACUCGGCCGGGAAGUCGAAGCUUGUCAAGUUUCACUGGAAGGGCCUGCAGGGUAAAGCCAGUUUGGUGUGGGAGGAGGCUCAGCAGAUUUCCGGCAAGAAUCCUGAUUUCCUGCGUCAGGAUUUGUGGGAUGCGAUUGAAGCUGAACGCUUCCCUGAAUGGGAGCUGGGCGUGCAAAUAAUGGACGAAGACGACCAACUCCGCUUCGGCUUCGACGUCCUCGAUCCAACAAAGAUCGUCCCAGAGGAAUACGUCCCCGUCACAAGACUAGGCAAAAUGACCCUAAACCGCAAUCCAAAGAACUACUUUGCGGAAACCGAGCAAGUCAUGUUCCAACCCGGCCACAUUGUCCGAGGAAUCGACUUCAGUGACGACCCCCUCCUCCAAGGCCGCCUAUUCUCCUACCUCGACACCCAACUAAACCGCCACAGCGGACCGAAUUUCGAACAACUCCCCAUAAACCAACCCCGAGUCCCGAUCCACAACAACAACCGCGACGGCGCGGGCCAGAUGUUCAUCCCCUUAAACAAAGACGCCUACACCCCCAACACGCUCAACAAAGGCUCGCCCAAACAGGCAAACCAAACAGUUGGAAAUGGCUUCUUCACCACGCCCUCCCGCACCGGAAAUGGUAAAUUGCAGCGCACGCGCAGCUCCACGUUCGAAGACGUCUGGUCUCAACCGCGUUUAUUCUGGAAUAGUCUUGUCAAGGCGGAGAAACAGUUCGUCGUUGAUGCGAUGCGGUUUGAAAAUUCGAAUGUUGUCUCGCAGGUCGUUAGGGAGAAUGUUAUUAUCCAACUUAACCGGAUAAGCAACGAUCUCGCCAAGCGCGUUGCGGAGGCAAUUGGCGUUGAAGCACCUGCUCCGGACCCAAGCUUCUACCACGACAACACGACGGCGAAUAUUGGUGCCUUUGGGCAGAAAUUGCUUAAGCUGGAGGGGCUCAAGGUUGGGGUUUUGGCUUCUGUGCAGAAUAGCUCGAGUCUGGGCGUUGGGACUGAGUUGGCGAAGAGUCUUAAGGGUGUUGGUGUUGAUGUUGUUGUUGUUGCGGAGAGGCUUGGUGAUGGUGUUGAUCAGACUUAUUCUGGUUCGGACGCUGUGCAGUUCGAUGCUGUUGUUGUUGCUGGGGGUGCGGAGGGUUUGUUCAGUGCGAGGUCGUUUACGGAGAAGCAGAGCAAGGCUUCUUCGCUUUAUCCUGCGGGGCGGCCGUUAGAUAUCCUCAUUGAUGCUUUCCGGUUUGGGAAACCGGUUGGUGCGAUUGGGAAGGGUGUUGGUGCGCUCAGGGCUGCGCAGGUUUCGACAGACAGGGAGGGUGUUUAUGUGGCGAAGGCUGUUGGGGAUCAGUUUGUUAAGAAUAUUGAGGAGGGCUUGAGGAUCUUUAAGUUUUUGGAUCGGUUUGCCUUGGAUGCGUGA